AAAUGUCAAAAGUCAAAAAUCAGUUGUAAAUUGUAAACAGUAAACAACAGGGUAGGUGCGUUAAUUUGCGUUAGAAAAUCAUUUCAAAUCGAAAAUGGUUUGCGAUAGUUGUCAAAAGAAAUGCGGGAAAGUCAUCACGCCGGACCCGUGGAAAAGCGGGGCCCGAAAUACGACGGAAUCGGGCGGGCGAAAGGUCAACGAAAACAAAGCUCUCACCGCCAGUAAAAACAGGUUCAAUCCUUACACGACGAAAUUCGAAACUUGCAGAAUUUGUAGGCAGAAAGUUCAUCAAAUCGGCUCGCACUAUUGCCAAGCCUGCGCUUACAAGAAAGGGAUAUGUGCAAUGUGUGGAAAAAAAAUCAUUAGUACCAAAAACUAUCGUCAAUCCGCUGUGUAAGCAAUUCGUUUUUAAUAUAAUAGUGAUCAAUACGUCUAAUUGUACAUAUAAACUUUACAUGUGUAAGAAUAGAAUAAUAUAACGUUUUUCUUUUAUUAAAAAU